CACUCCUCUCUGCUCUCCCUUGCUGGGAGGAGUGGGGACCCUCAGAGUCACAGUCCCUUCGGUUUUGGGGUCCACCUCAGACAGGGUCUCUGAGCCUGAAGAAGAAGGUGGUGAGGAUGAUGAAGCAGAGGAGGUACCUGGGUCGAUGUCCUGGGAAAGUUUGUCUUCCAGGUUGUGCUCACUGUCUGCUAGCCGUCAAACACACUCAGGCAAUCCCAGUGAGAGCGGAAUGUACACUCAUGGGCUUCCACCCCAUCAGCUCCCACCCG